AUGGUUUCCGAGCCAAGAAUCGGGAGAAUGACGCUGCGCUACUCGACACGAAAUAGCACUCCCGCAUGCCGCCUGCAUCCCCCUGAGACCGAGAAGAGCCCUUCAGGUGUCAUCGUGUUGACGAGUCGAAAGGUAUCUGACCAGUCGCGGAAGGGGAUUCAGGGCCAGGACGAUGUAAACUCGCCUCAACUGGUAAAACAGGGCAAAUCCGUUUGCUUGGACUCCCAUACCGACACCGGUGCGUUGUACGACCUCGUUCCCACCCCGGUCGACUCCCCUCUGCAGCUCAGCUCCAGGGCCGUCGCGGGCACCGGGAGGGACGAGCCGGAGGGCGGCAAGUCCUCCAGUGCAUCAUUUUCAGCUGCUGAGCUGUCCAUGGCGAGGAGAUACGGAGAUGCAGGCCUCGCCAAGCAACCAGGCGGAACAGUCAGCGCCUGCCGCUUUGGGGGCUUAUUUUCCCGGCAUAUCUGGUGGAUUUUGCUUGGACUAUCCCGAGGGGUCGAGAAGUCCGUUAUGGGUGAUUAUGCGGUGGCGUCGCAAAGCGAGGCGAGAGACGACAAGAAAAGAAUGGGGGACAUGGAAAAGAACGAGAAGAACCGCUGCGCUUACUGCGUGGGAGGCGUCUAA